AUGUCCCCGGCCCAGGAAAAGAGGAAAUAUCGUGAAACAGCCCCAAGAGCUGGGGGCAGCAAGACUUGCCUGCCGUUCUUCAGCCAGCCUGGAAGUGGUCCAAGCGAUGCCCGCCCAAGUCGGCUCCGUACAUCGUUGCCGGCACUUGAGACGGGCGACGACUCAGGCAAGACGUCCAUUAUUAGCCUAAUAAGGGCUGGUCUACCAGAAGUUACAUGGCCAGCCCCGCGAUCUGUCUCUUGCAACCCCAAGUUUACUCCGUUCAUUUCCCGCGACCCCCAGGUCUCGCAACCCGCUAACUAG